AGCGGACACCUUGGCUUCAGGAAGAAGAGUUUCAGGUGGCAACACACCUGAGGAAAACUUCACCUGCCUGAGCUUAAUUGAGAGGCUGAGGAAGUUUGCAGGGUAAGGAGCUGUGUGGAGUCGUGAGGUGGAUGAGGCCUCUUGAGGGAACCAAUUCUUGUGGGGAAGUCAGGAGCGCAGGAGGCUCGGAGAAGCUGUGUUGGGACUGGGCCAAGGAUGUCUGGGCUCCAAGGGGAAGUAGUAGAAGACCAAAACCUGCCACCUGAGAAGGAGCCAUCUGAGGAAAGCGAUAGCUACUACAUGAACCUACCAGCAUCCCUGAAUCGUCAGCCUAGGCAUCCAGUGGAGACGGAAUCCAGAGGAAGCCAAGUUUCCUCAGCAUCCUCUGAGCCUGUUUCGCUGCGGCCAGAAGACUCUGACUUCUUGUCGUCUGUCAGACUUGCAGGCAUCCUGUGCCUUGUUUUCAUCCUUGUCUCUCUCUUCCUGAUUUACGGCAACACCGGCCGAGGGCCCUUGGAUCACUGCAGGGCCCUCGGCUGUAAUGGAGUUUGUUUACUGGACAAAAGACUCAGCCCAUUUUGUCGUCUUUUCCCAAGCCAGCUGGAAACAACAUGGCGUGCUCUCCAGAGCAGCGUGAACGGCCUGCGUUGGGCUGACCAUCCUGAGGGGUUUGGAGUCUCUUUGGUGGCUGUUGGGCUGGGGGAUGCGAGGAAUACGCUCGUUUGCCUCUCAAGAUGGACCCUCUCCCUGCUGGCCACAGGAAAAGGUCUGCCUCAUUCAGUGAGAGUCCAGGUACAAGACUACAAGAGGAUUCCACCUCCUUGGGGAGAGCACCCGAAGACUGGGCUGUAUUUCUCUGUUAUUUAUGAGAGGGAGAAGUUUGCACCUUAUGGCAUGGUGGUGACCAUACAGCGCUCGUUCGAUGGAAGCCCUUUUGCCACUGAGACUACCCUCGCCCUCCUGACAAACACCAUAGGCCAGGCUGGGGAAAAUUCCCUGCACAACUUGACGUCCCGACUGGUGUCCGACAUUUUAAGUGGCAUCUAUCACAGUGGCAGGGUACCGGACAAGUUGUGGGUCUCGGCGAGGAGCCUACCAGUGCUCGCCAUAAGGCCUGAACCGUAUCUGGAAGGAGGUAUGGUUUGCUGAAGAUAGACAAUCUACUGGAUAUGCCUAGAGAAGCUAGUGUCAUUGGGGCUGGCUAACAAGAAUCAGAGGGGUAGCCGUGUUAAUUUGAAUCCGCAUAAACAACGAGGAAUCCAGUGGC